AUGAGGACAGCUGUCUUCCUGAGCCUUCUGCUCCAUGUUGCAGCUGCUUUUCACCAACUGCACUACCUGGUGGUGGUCCCUGCAGACCUCCGCUACCCAUCCACUCAGGUUGCCUGCCUCCAUAUCACCUGCUACGAAGUGAAGCUGCAGGUGAAGCUGAUCCUGGAGCGCUCUGCAGGACAUGAGCUCCUCGUGCAAGAAACCAUCCAGAAGGAGAAGACUUUCAUGUGUACCAAGUUCUGGGUUGCACCUCCAGCUGUUGAUACAGAAGAGAUUGCUACUGUCAAAUUGAUCAUCACAGGCAAAGGGGUCAGUAUUGAGGAGAAGAAAACUGUUCUGAUCCGUAAGGUCCGCAGCGGCACUUUCAUCCACACAGACAAGCCCGUCUAUCAGCCAGGGCAGACAGUGAAAUUUCGCGUUGUGACCCUGGAUGAGGAGUUCAGUUCGCUCAACGAUUCGAUUUCCCUGCUGCUCCAGGACCCUAAGGACAACCGGAUAGAGCAGUGGCUGAAUGUGGUGCCCCAGGAUGGUAUUGCAGAUCUGUCCUUCAAGCUGAGUGAUGAGCCUCUGCUGGGGACAUAUGUCAUCAGUGUAACCAAUUCAAAAGCCUACAGCACCUUCUCUGUUGAGGAGUAUGUGAUACCAAAAUUUGAAGUGUACCUUGAGACACCAGACCAGAUUUAUGUACUGGACGAAAGCUUCCCGCUCCAGCUAUGUGGCAGCUACACCUAUGGGAAAGCUGUCCAGGGGAAGUUUCAUGUGAGCCUUUGUCAGAAGAUAGCCUCAUUCCUGCCCAGCGCUUCCAAACCUAAUCUCUGUCAGGAAUUCCACAACCAGACAGAUGAGACAGGCUGCUUCUUCACAAAUGUGAGUCUCUCCUCCUUCAGCCGAGACUUUCGGUACUAUCAGGAGAGCAUAUUUAUAGAGGCCAUGCUGGUGGAGGAUGGCACAGAGAUACACACCAAUGUUUCCCACAAAUUACUCAUCUCCAAGCUUGUUGGGAUGGUCCUGUUUAGUGAUGUGAACUAUUACUACCAUGCUGGAGAAGUGUACAGAGGGAAGAUUAAAGUCAUCAACUACCAUGGGAAGCCCCUGAAGGACAAAACAGUCCUUUUCACACUAAGCUGUGGUGAGCAUCAGUUUAAGCAGAAGUACAUCACUGGGGACUCUGGGACAAUUUCAUUUAGCCUGAACACAACUGCUUGGAACAGCACCUCAGUCACCCUGGAGGCAAGUGUCCUGCGUGAGGAUUCAGGCAGAGAGGCUGGGACAGUUGAUUUAAACUUCCAGACCAGUACUUACUUCGUGCGGCCGUUCUACAGCAGCAGCCGCAGCUUCCUCUCCAUCGCGCGCGUGCCCCAGACGCUGCCCUGUGACAGGAAGCAGGCUCUGCAGGUGGACUUCAGCAUUCACCAGGAGGACCUGGAGCAUGGCCCCAAGCGUGUCAUCUUCUCCUACUUUGUCACAGGGAAAAGAGGGAUAGUCCAUGCAGGUCAGAAGACUAUAUGGGUUGGGCUGCCAAGGAUGCUGAAAGGCUUCUUCUCCAUUCCUCUGACUUUCACCUCCAUCUAUGGCACCUUUCCAAGACUUCUUGUUUAUGUCAUCUUCCCCAAUGGAAAAAUCAUCGCCGACUCUACGUUCUUCAGCGUCUCCCUGUGUUUCAGGAAUAAGGUAGAGCUGAGCUUCUCCAUGCCAGAGACCCUUCCUGACUCAGAGAUUGGUCUCCAUCUCCGGGCAGCUCCUGGGUCCACCUGUGCGGUCUGGGCGGUGGAUCAGAGCGUCUUUUUGGGUAACCCAGGAAAAGAGCUCAGCAGCUCUUCGAUCUAUGGGCUGUUCCCAUCUGUUUUUAGCUCCAGGUAUCCUCCCCAAGUUUCUGAAGUUGAUAAUUCAUGUGGCUACCCAAAUGUUGAUGAGGCUGAUAUAUAUACAGCAUUCAGGGAUAUGGGGCUGAAAGUUAUGUCCAACACCAAAAUCAGGAAACCCAGGGUGUGUCAAACCACUUCAUCAACCACUAGGCUGCAGGAAAGAAGAAUUUUGAAUUACAGGCCCAUCUUGACAUAUACCCAGUCCCACAGAGCACGCAGCAGAGAGCAUCUGACAACAUCUACUUCUCAUCCCACUCUCUUUGCACCUGUUUCUUCAGAUGAAGAGAGAGAACACAAGUAUUUUCCCAGAACCUGGAUAUGGGAUUUGUUUUCUGUGGGUCCCAGCGGGAAAAAGAAUGUCACUGUCACUGUGCCUGGCACCAUCACAGAAUGGAGAGCAGGGAUGUUCUGCACAGGAAGUAAUGGCUUUGGACUUGCACCAGCUUCCAGCCUGCGUGUUUUCAAGCCCUUUGUUGUGGACCUCCCACUACCAUCUUCUGUGAUCCAGGGUGAGACCUUCACGUUGAAGGCCACAGUCGUCAGCUACCUGCAGCGAUGCUUGAAGAUCAAGGUAACCCUGGAGGAGUCUGCACACUUGCAGCUGAAGCCCUGCAAAGGCUGUGUCUAUAGCAGCUGCUUAUGCGCCGGCGAAGCUAAGACCUUUCAGUGGAGCGUCACAGCUGAGCAACUGGGCCUCACAAAUAUUACCCUCAGCACAGAGGCUGUGGCCACUGAGGAGCUCUGUGGUGAAGAGAGACCAUUCGUCCUAAAGCAAGGGCAGAAAGACACAGUCGUCAAGCUGCUUCUAGUCCGGCCAGAGGGUGUGUUGGUAGAAAAGGCUCACAGCUCCAUCCUGUGUCCCAAAAAAGGGAAUCCAGCACAGGAGUUUGUGUCCCUGGUGUUGCCUCCAAAUGCAGUUGAAGGUUCAGUCAGAGCCACCGUCUCAGUCACUGGUGACCUCAUGGGGACGGCACUACAGAACUUGGACCACCUGGUGCAGAUGCCCCAUGGCUGUGGGGAGCAGAACAUGGUGCUGUUUGCCCCUGUUGUCUAUGUGCUGCAGUACCUGGAGAAGACGAGGCAGCUGACCCCUGAGAUCAAGGAGAGGGCCGGAGGGUUCCUGCGCAACGGAUACCAGAUACAGCUGCAGUACCAGCACCCUGAUGGUUCCUACAGUGAAUUUGGUGCCAAGGAUGAGUAUGGCAACACUUGGCUGACUGCAUUUGUGCUGAAGUGCUUUGUCCAAGCCAAGCCAUACAUCUUCAUCGACAACAGGACCAUUCAGGAUGCUCUCAGCUGGCUGGAGUUCCACCAGUUUCCUGAUGGUUGCUUCAGGAAUGUAGGUCAGCUUUUCCACACAGCCAUGAAGGGAGGUGUGGAUGGGGAAAUCCCCUUGGCUGCCUACAUCACUGCUGCAUACCUGGAGGCAGGAAAGACACCAGAGAGCGUGGCGGUGCGCAAAGCUCUGGGCUGCAUCGCUCCCCUUCCCAAGGUCACCAGCACUUAUACACAGGCCCUGCUGGCCUACACCUUUGCCCUGGCCAAGGACUCUCAACGCACACAAGAGCUACUUGAGAUGCUGGAUCAAAAGGCAAUAAGAGAAGAUGGGCAAAUCCACUGGAGUCAGACCUCAUCCAAGCCCAGCCUCAGCAGCAGCCCCUGGGCACAGCCACUGUCUGUGGAUGUGGAACUGACAGCCUAUGUCCUCCUGGCCUUGGUCUCCAAACCAAAUAUCACCGAGUCUGAUCUCAACACAGCCUCUGGCAUUGUGGCCUGGCUUACAAGGCAGCAGAACGCCUACGGAGGGUUUGCCUCCACGCAGGACACGGUAGUUGCCUUGCAGGCCUUGGCUAAGUAUGCAGCACUGACCUACAGCACGAAAGGGGUUGCUGAAGUGAGGGUGAGGUCCCAAAGAGGCUUUGGAAGGCAGUUCCAAGUCUCCUUGCAGAACCGGCUGCUGGUGCAGGAGGCAGCGCUGACGGAAGUCCCGGGCAAGUUCUCGGUGCAGGCCAACGGCAGCUGCUGUGUCUUUACCCGGAUGGUGCUGAGGUACAACACGCCCUCCCCACAGGUCUCCACGUCCUUCGCCUUGCGAGUGGAAACCGCGCCAGUCAACUGCACAGGGGAUGAUAGGCACUCUGUUACUAUCUACAUCAAUGUCAGAUACACUGGGAAGAGAUCCAUUUUCAACAUGGUGAUCGUGGAGGUGUCCCUGCUGUCUGGAUUUGACCUGGCUCCAGGAUCCAGGAUGUCUCUGCAACACCGGCACUCUGUGAGAAGAGCUGAGAAAACACAAGGAGUUAUUGCCAUCUACUUGGACAAGCUGAGCCACAAGUCUGAGACAUAUGUUCUGCAACUGGAGCAGAAGAUUGAUGUGACCAACCUGAAGCCAGGCCAUGUCAGGGUCUACGACUACUACCAUCCAGAGGAGCAGGCCCUGGCUGAUUAUAAUGUCUUCUGCAUGUGA